AUGCCUGCGUAUCACUCGACUUUCCCCGUAGAUCCUAGCACUGACCGCAUGGUAGGGAACUUUGCGCUUCUGCCCUUGAACACUAAGUUCAGGGGUCCUGCAUACCCCAGCAAUUCCGAUUACGAUAUUAUCGACGAGUGUUUGGACCUGUUCCGCGCCAAUUCCUUCUUUAAGAAUUUUGAAAUCAAAUCUCCCGCUGACAGGGUGCUCAUCUAUGGGAUUCUCUUUAUCAAUGAUUGCCUAGCUCAUUUGAAAAUAACAACAUCGUUUAACGAAGCCGUCAAAGUUUUAACCAACGUGGCCUUGGACAAUUUUACUUUACCGGGCACGCCAGGUUUCCCUCUGAAUAAUGUUUACCAAGUUCCAGUGCAAGACCAUAAUUCAAUGGAUUUGUUAAAGACUUAUAUCCAGCAGUUCCGUCAAGAAUUGGCAAUGAGACUGUUGGAAAGAGUCUAUAGCUCUACAGAUUCCAAAGAACAUCCUUCAAAGUUUUGGUUGGCCUUCACCAGGAGAAGAUUCAUGAACAAAUCACUAUAA